AUGGAGGCAUGGAACGCAGUUGCUCGCCAGAAGCUGAGUGCCUCCCGAGAUGCACGGAAGCGCUCUGAGAAGGACGUCCAACUCUUAGCCAACCGACUUCGGCUCCUGAGGGCGGAGGAAGCCAAAGCCCUCCGCAUUAUUGAGGAGGUGCGGCGACGGACCAGGGAAGUGCUGGAGACCAGAAUGAAGAAUGAGAAGAUGCUCCAGUAUCAACAGGCCAUCAAGCAGUACAACCUCGAAGAACUUCGGCACAUGACUUGGCACGAUGCUCUUUCUUUUCUUGCUUUGGCGCACGGGCUUUCCUACUAG